AUGCUUGCCAAUUCAGCCAGCGUGCGGAUUCUCAUCAAGGGAGGCAAGGUGGUGAACGAUGACUGUACCCACGAGGCAGACGUCUACAUUGAGAAUGGCAUCAUUCAGCAGGUGGGCCGUGAGCUCAUGAUCCCUGGUGGGGCCAAGGUGAUUGACGCCACUGGGAAACUGGUGAUCCCUGGAGGGAUUGACACCAGCACCCACUUCCACCAGACCUUCAUGAAUGCCACGUGUGUGGACGACUUCUACCAUGGGACCAAGGCGGCCCUCGUUGGAGGCACCACCAUGAUCAUCGGUCACGUCCUGCCAGACAAGGAGACCUCCCUUGUGGAAGCCUAUGAGAAGUGCAGGGCUCUAGCUGACCCCAAGGUCUGCUGUGACUAUGCCCUCCAUGUGGGGAUCACCUGGUGGGCACCCAAGGUGAAAGCAGAAAUGGAGACACUGGUGAGGGAGAAGGGGGUCAACUCCUUCCAGAUGUUCAUGACCUACAAGGACUUGUACAUGCUUCGAGACAGUGAGCUGUACCAAGUGUUUCAUGCCUGCAGGGACAUCGGGGCGAUCCCCCGGGUCCACGCUGAAAAUGGGGAGCUCGUGGCUGAGGGUGCUAAGGAGGCUCUAGACUUGGGUAUCACAGGCCCUGAAGGCAUCGAGAUCAGCCAUCCAGAGGAGCUGGAAGCAGAAGCCACUCACCGUGUCAUCACCAUUGCCAACCGGACUCACUGUCCCAUCUACCUGGUCAAUGUGUCUAGUAUCUCAGCUGGUGAUGUCAUUGCAGCUGCUAAAAUGCAAGGAAAGGUGGUGCUGGCCGAGACCACCAACGCACACGCCACGCUCACGGGCUUGCACUACUACCACCAGGACUGGUCCCACGCAGCCGCCUAUGUCACGGUGCCUCCUCUGAGACUGGACACCAACACUUCCACCUACCUCAUGAGCCUGCUGGCCAAAGGAUGCUGGAUCCUGAACCUGGAAACCUCAGGCCGCGUCUCUGCUCCUGGUUACUCCAACACUACCCCACACCCACACCCCUACUCCGACACAGCCUCCUAUAACUUGCCCCUGCUGGGCAAGGUCUAG